GGCGGUGAGGAAUGGCGCAAUAUUUCCUUAACAACUUUGAUUUAUUUCUCUACUCUUGAAAAGUGGACGCGGCCGUGCGAUUCACCGUUCAACUCCCCGACAAUUUUGCCUUCUUCUCUCUCAACUCAACAAUUCUGUCAUCCAGGAUUGCCUCUCCAUUUUUCUCAUUCAACCCGGAAACCCCUUUUCGAAUUCCUUUCUUUCAACCUCUCAUUCAUUCGAUAUGAAAGGUGGAUGCAGCAGUUACAAGGUUCUCUGUUUCAGUCGGAAGUUCAAAUCCACUGAGGCUGAACCACCCCCCGACGUCAGAAAUCUCUUCUCCUCUUUUUCCGAUGGCCGAGACUACAUGUCGCCCGAUCAAUUCCUCCGUUUUCUUGUCGAUCAACAAGGGGAUGUGGAAUGUACCCCAUCUGAGGCCGACCAGAUUCUCCAACAGGUCUUGCACAAGCGACGAAGCUCGGAUAAUCCCUCUGAUGAUUUGGUUCAGGGUCUCACCCUUGAUGAUUUCUUCCACUAUCUCUUCAUGGAUGAUUUCAAUGGCCCCAUUAAAACUCAGGUACAUCAUGAUAUGAGUGCUCCAUUGUCACAUUAUUUCAUAUAUACAGGGCACAACUCUUACCUUACAGGGAAUCAACUUAGUAGUGAUUGUAGCGAUGCUCCCAUCAUAAAAGGUUUGAAGAGUGGGUUGCGGGUAGUUGAGCUUGAUUUAUGGCCAAAUUCAGCAAAAGAUGAUGUUCAUGUUCUUCAUGGAAGGACUUUAACCAGCCCCGUGACACUCUUGAAGUGUUUGAAGUCUAUAAAAGAACAUGCUUUUGAGAAAUCUCCAUAUCCUGUUAUUAUAACUCUUGAAGAUCAUCUUACUCCUAGCCUUCAAGCUAAAGUUGCAGAGAUGGUGACUGGAAUAUUUGGAGAUACAUUGUUCUAUCCUCAGGCAGCGAGCUUGUCAGAAUUCCCUUCUCCAGAAUCCCUAAAAUAUAGAAUAAUUAUUUCAACAAAGCCACCAAAAGAGUACCUUGAAAAGGACAAGGUUUUAAGUGAUGGAAAAGAGUCAUCUGAAGAGGAAACGUCAGGAUUGGAGACUCCAGAUCUCGAAGCUGAAGAGCAGAGCGAAAGUGAUCAAGAUGAUGACGAAAGCAUAGUAGGCGAGUUAAAAACGUUCCAACAAGGUGCUCUCGAGUACAAACGUCUAAUUACAAUCCAUGCAGGAAAACCAAAGGGUGGCUGCUUAAAGGAUGCAUUGAACGUACAAGGUGACAAGGUCAGGCGCCUUAGCUUGAGUGAGCAGGGACUUGAAAAGGCCGUAGUCUCUAGUGGAUCUGAUGUUGUAAGGUUUACCCAGAGGAAUAUCUUGAGAGUUUACCCAAAAGGAACACGUGUCACGUCCUCAAAUUUCAGGCCAAAUAUUGGGUGGACACAUGGAGCUCAGAUGGUAGCUUUAAACAUGCAGGGCUACGGGAGAUCAUUGUGGUUGAUGCAUGGGAUGUUUAGAGCCAAUGGAGGGUGUGGUUACUUGAAAAAACCAGACUUUCUAUUACUUAAAGGCCCACAAAAUGAGGUCUUUGAUCCCAAGAGACCUUUAACAGUGAAGGAAACAUUAAAAGUAACUGUAUAUUUGGGAGAUGGAUGGAGCUCUGACUUUAGUCAAACGCAUUUUGAUAACUACUCCCCACCAGACUUCUACACAAAGAUUCGAAUAGUUGGGGUGCCAGCAGAUGCAGUGAAGAAGAAGACAAAGGUUGUUGAGAACAAUUGGGUGCCAGUAUGGAACGAAGAGUUCAAGUUUCCGUUGACAGUUCCAGAGCUUGGUUUGUUGCAAAUUGAAGUUCGAGAUUUCGACAGGUCAGAGAAGGAUGACUUUGGUGGGCAGACAUGUUUGCCAAUAUCAGAGCUCAAGCCUGGGAUUCGUGCUGUCCCUCUUUACGACAAGAAGGGUGAGAAAUUCAAGUCUGUGAGGCUUCUUAUGCGCUUCCAGUUUUUGUAUUAAAUAAACAAAUGAUUCCUUCCAUUUUUGUUCAAUUACAAGUGUUAUUACUUAUUAUAGCUGCCUGCCUCACUACCUCUGGCCUUCUUUGGCUACUGGAUUUUUCUUUUGAACUGCUGCCACUCUCUUUCGUGGAAUUAACAAAAUUAAUUUCUCGUUUGUUUAAAUGCUAAUAAAAAUGUCGGUUUUCAAGUCAAAA